AUGUCUGGGUCUGUGGCCCUACUACAGCUGAGGGCUAUGUUGAAGUCUGUGGUCCAUGUUGCUACCAAAGGCCACACAGAGGCCCAGGGUCUGAGCCACAACCUGUGGCCUUGUUGGAGUCUCAGGGCCAUGCUGCAGCCGGGGCCAUACAAGUCUAAGUGGACUGCAACUGCUACCCACUGCCUCAGUGGCUUCAGGCCAGAGCUGCAGCUGAGGGCAGUGCCUGGGUCCAUGGCCGUACAGCAUGCAGCCAGGGUCUGUGCUGACGUCAGGGCUCCUGAGAAUGCCCAAGCCCAGCCUCAGGUUGGUCCUAACAUCUACCCCAUCUGGGACCUGCUGGAGCUUGUGAAGGGGCUGCUCCUGUGGAAGGAUCCGCACAGGAUCUCCAAGACUCGGGGCUGCCACCGGAUGUAUAAGAGGAGUUCUGGUGAAGAUCCACUAAGCAAGAAGUAUGGGCCUGUGUUCACGAUACACCUGGGCCCCUGGCGCCGCGUGGUGGUCCUGGUUGGACAUGACGCUGUGAGAGAGGCCUUGGGAGGUCAGGCUGAGGAAUUCAGCGGGCGGGGAACGUUGGCAACGCUGGACAAGACUUUUGAUGGUCAUGGGGUUUUCUUUGCCAAUGGGGAGCGGUGGAAACAGCUGAGGAAGUUCACCCUGCUGGCUCUGCGGGACCUGGGCAUGGGCAAGCGAGAAGGCGAGGAGCUGAUCCAAGCAGAGGUGCAGAAUUUGGUGGAGGCCUUCCAGAAGACAGAAGGCCGUCCAUUCAACCCUUCCAUGCUGCUGGCCCAGGCCACCUCUAACGUCGUCUGUUCCCUCAUCUUUGGCAUCCGUUUGCCCUAUGAAGGCAAAGAGUUCCAGGCUGUGAUCAGAGCAGCAAGUGGUACCUUGUUGGGGAUCAGCUCCCCCUGGGGCCAGGCCUACGAGAUGUUUUCCUGGCUACUGCAGCCCUUGGGGGGCCCACACAGGCAGCUCCAGCGCCACUUGGGCACCCUGGCGAGAAACAAGACCUGGGCACAGAAUUCACAGAGAAGAACUUGCUGAUGACGGUCACCUACCUGCUGUUUGCUGGGACGAUGACCAUCGGUGCCACCAUCCGCUAUGCCCUCCUGCUUCUGAUGAAAUUCCCUCAAGUGCAACAGCGUGUUCGGGAGGAGUUGAUCCAGGAGCUGGGUCCCGGCAGGGCUCCGAGUCUGAGCGAUCGUGCUCGCCUCCCUUACACGGAUGCAGUUUUACACGAGGCACAGCGGCUCCUGGCACUGGUGCCCAUGGGAAUGCCCCACACCGUCACGAGGACCACUUGCUUCCGCGGAUACACUUUGCCCCAGGGCACUGAGGUCUUCCCCCUCAUCGGCUCUGUACUACACGACCCCGAGGUUUUCCAGAACCCAGGAGAGUUCCACCCGGGCCGCUUCCUGGACACUGAAGGUCACUUGAGGAAACAUGAAGCCUUCCUGCCCUUCUCCUUAGGUAAGCGAGUCUGCCUGGGAGAAGGCCUGGCUCGGGCGGAGCUCUGGCUUUUCUUCACUGCUAUCCUGCAAGCCUUCUCCCUGGAGACGCCGUGCCCACCAGGUGACUUGAGCCUGCAGCCAGCCAUCAGUGGACUUUUCAACAUCCCCCCAGACUUCCAGCUGCAGGUCUGGCCUACCGGCGACCAGUCCACCAGAUGAAAGAAGGCGGGAGCCACCUGGGGUGACAGCCUCAAGGGGGUGUAUGAACCAAGUGUCUCAGAAGCUACGCCACACCACACAUCGUAAGUCCAGGCAGCUGCGGGGACCCAGGAUCACACUCACCUACACAACUCCAAGGCAACAGAUGCUUUUUUUUUUUUUUUUUGAGAGGGCUGUCUGAAUAUUGGUCUGGCUAUGUAUAUGUAGCCCAGACAGGUCUCAACCUUGUGAUCAUCCUGCCUCAGAUUCCCGAGUCCUGGAAUUACAGGUAUGGACCACUAAGGGGCUGCAUAGGCUUUCAGACUACAUAAAUGUAAUCUAUGUCACCUGGACUCACAAGCAUAUUACCGGAUACCCACCAAGCCGUCCACCAGACAACCCAUGUGCUCACAAUCCUAGUCCUGCUACCACCUACACAUCCACACCAACAGCCCAGCCAUGUUCAGGACUCCAUGUCUAUCACUGCUGUUGCUGGGUCCUCGCCACAGAAAACAGCAUGCCCCAGCUGGGGUCAUGCGACAGCCAGAACGAUGUCCCUGUUUACUCCAUGGAUGACCUCACCACCAUCCAGGCACAUGAGUGCCUCCAUCUAUGGCCGCCAGCCAGUCAUCCACACAGCCGGGCCAUAUGUGACAAUGUCUUGGCUCUUCCGAAUUUCUACCUACUGACACACACCAUGACGGCAAAACUGUUCCUGGCCACUUCCACGCCCUUGUUCAUCAGCCACACUCCUUCCAACAAAUUUUCCCAAAUAUAAAUGUAAUUGUGGACACAAACCUUGUACAAAUGAGUUUGGCAACCCCCAGGAGGAAUGUCCCCAGUCAUGUUUAAUCAGGGCUCUGCUCCCAAACACAUCCUGACUUUUCUUGGCAUUGAAGUCCCCGUUCAAACUGUAGCUCAGAGGUAGACAACACUUGCCUGGCAUUUUUAAAGCCUAGGGUUCACUCCCCAGCAAUGCCCCAAAAAACAAUUUUUUUGAAAAUCUCCUUCCAACCAUUCCCUAGCCCUAACCCUGGAAGGACUAGAUGAGCAAACAGGGAUCAGGUUCUACCCCUCCUUGACGGGACCGAGGCCAUAUCUGACUUCUUUGUAACUCGAAAGGCCCCAUUUUUGCAAUCAAAGUUUGUUUCUGGCCCAGGACCGGACCCCCCCCCCUCUGCUUGUGUGAGUAAGGGGUGGGGAUGGGGGAGUCCGCCCCUCCCCUGAGGCUGGGAGGGAGCUGAAAAACAGGGUCAGUGCCCUUUCUGCCACUGACAUCAGUACCAGAUGUGAAGCUGAGGGGGAGGGGAGGGGAGGGACAGGGCUGAGGCUGUCUGCUGUCCUGGAAAGUCUUCAGCCAAUGACAGCUAUAGCCUUUGGAAGUUCUCCAAUUCUGAAUGCAGUUACGGACACACAGGCUCUAAGGACACAGACCGGACGGGUGCCCUGCUCUUGUCUCUUCAACACCGUUUCCCUCCAGGUUUCACCAUUCUGGAAGUGUGCACCAGUGGCAGACACAAGCUUAACAUGUACAGGGCCGUGAGUUCCAUCUUUAUCACAGACAGAAUUAAAAAUAAAAUAACCACUGACUUUC